AAUAGAUUGUCAGAAAUCAUUGUUAUUGUCUGGAACAGGAGCAAAGAGAUUAUAGAGUCCAAAGUUCGUUUAUCACCCAGUGAACUACUUGCUAAGAUGAAUAUUAAGACAGCAAUUGUUGAUGAAAUCAGAGGUUCAGGAAGCCAAAGAAAAAACUCAAAACUUCAGUCUCCAGCAAAAACCACCUCUGAAAAAUUCCAAAGGAUCCUGAUGGAACUUUUCGGAACUUCAUUUUCUGAAGAGCAUCAAAUUAACAGCAUACUGCAUGUUAAUACAGAUGAUAAUUUUCAAAAAGUGACAGAAUCAAUGAUUGGGAAAGUGGAAAGAACAGCACUGAUAGUAGAUGUUGUCAAUUUGGAGGAAGUUUUCAAAGACUACUUAAAGAUUGCCAAAAUAUCUUUGAGUGACAAUAUAAUGGACCUUAGACCUGCCUCAUGGUUCACAGAAAAAAUACCUGAAGUAAUCUGGGAGAAUUUCAUGUCAAAUACAUAUCCUGAAUACAAAAUACCUGAAGCAUGGGAAAAAUUAGUGCAAGAUAUCUUCACAUGGCCAAAAUACUCAUUAGCAGAAUGGAUGAAAACCUGGCACAGAAUUUAUGCGAUAUCUGAUGAAAAUGAAAGCAAUGGAGACGUGGUGAUCAAAGAUGUGAUAUAUAAUAUUCUUGACCCAUAUAUCAAAGCUUUCAAAGCACCAUACAAUAUACUAAAAUCAGGAGACCUUGGAGAAAGUCAGCACAAUGCACAAUUUGUAAGUCCAGUACUGAAUAAUGUGCUCAAGGCUGUCCUUAGUAUCAACUGGAGAAUUCUUGAAGUCCUGGUUGAAAGUAGCAAACACUGA